AUGGAUGCCUCUCUUUUGAACCAAAAACCCCAUAAUCAUGCUCGUUCUAACAGUUUGCCCUCAAAAUCACACCCUCUCAUUCUACAAUGCAAAGAGCACUUGGCCACAUUAAGAUCAUCUCUUUCCACAUCUUCUUCUUUAUCACUCAGCUUCAAGCCGAGUUGCCUACUUGAUUUGCAUGGUUUCAUUGAAAACAUAGUUCAACUCGGCACAACUCAAGAAGCAUUUGCACGAGAACCUCAAGAAAAAUGGGUAGAUGAGCUUUUGGAUGGGUCUUUAAGGCUCCUAGAUGCGUGUACAUCUGUCAAAGAUGCGCUACUUCACACAAAAGAGUGCACCCGGGAACUUCAUUCGAUUGUAAGAAGACAAAGAAGGCGAGGUGAAAUGGAGCUUCUAGUUGAGGCAAAGAAAUUCUUGACCUCUAGAAAGGUGGUGAAGAAAGCCAUCUUGAAGGCCUUGGUGAAUUUGAAGAGAGGUGAAAGUAAAUGCACUUCCUCUCUCACCAACAAAGACUCUGAAAUGAUGGCAUUGCUUAGCUUGUUAAAAGAUGGUGAAGUGAUCACGCUUUCUGUAUUUGAAUCACUCUUGAGGUAUAUUUCGGGAACAACACAAUCAAAAGUAGGAAGCUGGAAGAUUGUUUCAAAGCUAAUACACGGAAAAAGGAUAGCUUCUUGCACACUUGAAGCAGAAGAUGGUAAUGAAUUUGCAAAGCUUGAAGCUGAAUUACAGUCCUCUUUGUUCCACACGGAAAGAAAAUCAGAAAAAGUCAACGAUCUGCAGAACCGGUUGGAAAAAUUGGAGUCUAGAAUCUAUGAGCUUGAAGAAGGACUUGAUUUUCUGUUCAGGCGUUUGAUCAGAAUCAGAGUUUCCCUUCUUAACAUCCUUAAUCAUUAG